GAUGUUCUGAAGAAUUUAAGUGCAAAUCAGAAUGAAAAGGAUGAUGGACCUUGGUGUAAUCCAGAGCCGAUGAUUAAAGCUGAUAAACCAACAGAAAAAUGUUCAUUUUUUAUAAAAACAGGGGCAUGUAGAUUUGGUGAUAGAUGUUCGCGUUAUCAUCCACCAACCUCUGUCAGUACUACACUAGUUAUUCCAAAAAUGUUUAGUAAUUUUUCAAUGGAACAGUGUAUGAGGGAUGAAUAUGAUACAGACAUCUGUUUAGAAUUUGAUGAAAAAGAUGCAUAUGCUGAUUUCUUAAGUUUUUAUGAUGAUGUAUUGGGUGAAUUCAGAGCGCUGGGUGAAGUGAUACAGUUCAAAGUGUGCUGUAAUUGGGAACCACACUUGAGAGGAAAUGUGUAUGUUCAGUAUAACAGUGAAGAUGAAUGUUCUAAGGCUAUCAGUAUGUUUAAUGGUAGAUAUUAUGCUGGAAAGCAAUUGACAUGUCUCUACUGUCCCAUUACCAAAUGGAAAUCAGCCAUUUGUGGAUUAUUUGCAAAGAAGAGAUGUCCUAAAGGGAAACACUGUAACUUUCUUCAUGUAUUCCAAAAUCCUGGUGGUGAAUUUACAGCAGCUGACAGGGACUUACUUCAUUAUCAUCAAUAUGAUAGACAUGGUGACAUAGAGGGAAAUUUGCAUGAACACCAUGCAAGAAGUAGUGAAAGAGACUGGUAUUCAAGUGAGAGCAGAGUGCAGAAAACAUAUAGAAGUAGGAACAUGUAUAAAGAAAGUAGUCCAAGCAACGGUAGACACAGGAGAAUUAGUAGGACUAGAGAUCACAAAUACAAUGAAAGUAGUCAUAGAGGUAGAGCUAGGAGUCAUAGCAGAGAUAGGAGUCAUAGCAGAGGUAGAGACAGCAGUUAUAGCAGAGGUAGAGACAGGAGUCAUAGAGACAGGAGUGACAGAAGCAGGAGUCAUAGCAGAGAUAGGAGUCAUAGCAGAGGUAAAGACAGGAGGCAUAGCAGAGGUAGAGAAAGGGGUCAUAGAGACAGGAUUGACAAAGGCAGGAGUAAUAGCAGAGGUAGAGAUAGGAGUUGUAGCAGAGACAGGAGUGACAGAGGCAGGGGUCAUAGCAGAGAUGGGAGUGACAGAGGCAGGAGUCAUAGCAGAGGUAGAGACAGACGUCAUAGCAGAGGUAGAGACAGGAGUCAUAGCAAAGGUGGCGACAGGAACCAUAGCAAAGGUAGAGGAAGGAGUCAUAGCAAAGGUAGAGGCAGGAGUCAUAGCAGAGAUAAAGACAGAAGUCCUAGCAGAGACAGGAGUCAUAGCAGAGGCAGGGACAGGAGCCAUAGCAAAGGUAGAGGCAGGAGUCAUAGCAGAGAUAGAGGCAGUAAGCAUAGCAGAGGUAGAGACAGAAGUCCUAGCAGAGACAGGAGUCAUAGCAGAGGCAGAGACAGGAACCAUAGCAGAGAACGGAGUAAAGACAGGAGUCACAGUAAAAGUAGAGAUAGGAACAAAAGUAGUGACAGGGAUCAUUACAAAAGUAGACACAGAAGUCGUAGCAGAAAUAGAGCAGACAGAAGUCAUAGCAGAGGUAGAGACAGGAGUCAUUGUAAAGGUAGAGACAGCAGUACAGACAGAAGUCACAACACAAGAGUCUGGAGUCCCAGCAACAGUAGUGGAGAUGUGAAUUGUAGUAGAGUUGAACAUGAAAGAAAGGAAAGAGACAUAAAUUAUAAAGCUGUUGGUGAUGAACGCCAAAGUCAGAAUUUAGAUGAGACCAUGUGCACCUUUGAGAAUGAAGGUAACAGAGAUGGGGAAGUGAAGAGUAACAUAAGUAAAGAUAAUAGCAUAAAAAAACAUAAAAAGAAACACAAACAACAUAAACAUAGGCAUGCAAAGAAAAGGAAAAUGGAAGGCAAAGAAUAUGAUGCAGGAGAAUCUAAUUAGAUCAAAUCAAAAAAAUAGUAUUGACGAAUUUGCUACAACUUUGCCAUACAAAGAAACUUGGAGUGGAAUUACCUUCUGAUGAACAGUUCUCCUAGUUGCAG